CUAUUCUUCUUCAAAUUUGAAGAAUUGUCUUCUUCUUUGGGCUUCUCUCAUCCACAUUUGCCUCUUCUUCAUCAUGUGAAGCCCAGAUUCACUCCCAUUAAUCUGGGUUUUUCCCCUUUUAAGAUCCCCUUUCUUACCCACCUUCUUUUUGUGGCUCCAAUUUUUAACAUGAUUCAUUUUCUCUUCUUUACUUGCAGUUUCCCCUUCACCAUCCAUAACCCAUCAUCAAUCACCCUCUAACUUUUAGCAUUCACUUAUUCUGGGGAGGCCAACUUUUUACUUGCAUCAUUGAAUUCUAUUGAGUUUUGAUUUCUAUUUUCAAGUUUUGCAUCUGGGUGUUGCUGAAAUUUUGGUUGUGGUCUCCACACUUUUUACAUUGAAUUUGUACGAUGGGAGACGUGGCCAAGGACCUCACUGCCGGGACUGUCGGAGGAGCAGCACAGUUGAUAUGUGGACACCCGUUCGAUACUAUAAAGGUCAAGCUGCAAAGCCAGCCUGUUCCACUUCCCGGCCAGCUUCCUAAGUUCUCUGGUGCCAUGGAUGCUGUCAAGCAAACUCUAGCAGCUGAAGGCCCUCGUGGGCUGUACAAGGGUAUGGGAGCUCCACUCGCAACUGUUGCAGCCUUCAAUGCCGUUCUCUUUUCAGUAAGAGGACAAAUGGAAACAUUGUUAAGGUCUCAACCUGGUGUACCCCUAACUGUCAAUCAGCAGGUGAUUUGUGGAGCUGGGGCUGGACUUGCUGUGUCCUUUCUCGCUUGCCCUACUGAAUUAAUCAAGUGCAGAUUGCAAGCUCAAAGUGCAUUGGGACAAUCCGGUUCAGCUGGCUUAACAGUGAAGUAUGGAGGGCCAAUGGAUGUUGCCCGGCACGUUCUCAAAUCAGAAGGCGGUGCAAGGGGUCUCUUCAAGGGAUUGGCUCCUACUCUAGCCCGUGAAGUACCCGGAAAUGCUGCCAUGUUUGGUGUGUAUGAGUUGCUAAAGCAGAAGUUUGCAGGCGGGCCAGACACUUCAAACCUCGGAAGAGGCUCACUGAUCGUGGCUGGAGGAUUGGCUGGAGGUACCUUUUGGUUCUCCGUCUAUCCAACUGAUGUUGUCAAGAGUGUACUUCAAGUAGAUGAUUACAAAAACCCAAAGUACUCGGGUUCCAUGGAUGCCUUUAGAAAAAUCCUAGCGUCGGAAGGAGUUAAAGGACUAUACAAAGGUUUUGGUCCUGCCAUGGCCCGGAGUGUACCUGCAAAUGCUGCUUGUUUUCUGGCUUAUGAGAUCACCAGAUCAAGCUUGGGAUGAUUAUGAUUGAAUCCCUUCUUGAGUUAUAUCUUCCUUCCACUAUUUGAUUGAACAUUAACAUUCUUCAUUUUAUUUCCCUUCUCAAAGAAAGAAAAAGGAAACAAAAAAAAAGGAGAUCCAUUUAAAUUCAUAGAAGGCUUUGAUUAUUUCCUUUUCUAUGAUGGGAGAGAAAUCUCUCUUUCCUUAACACAUUGGUUCAUGGAUAAACUUCAUAACAUGAUUUUUUUUCUUUUU